CCCACCGCAUACACGCAAAAAAUGGCCAAGAAGAAGAACAAGGCUGUCAUCCGCCCCUGGUGCUGGUACUGUGAGCGGGAGUUCGAGGAUGAGAAGGUUCUCAUGCAGCAUCAAAAGGCAAAGCACUUCAAAUGUGGAAUGUGUCCUAGGCGUCUCAACACCGCUGGAGGAUUGGCAGUGCAUAUACAACAGGUCCAUAAACUCGAGCCAGACCAGCUUCCUCGCAUAGAAAAUGCGCUACCAGGAAGAGACGGAUACGAGGUUGAGAUUUUCGGCAUGGAGGGUAUCCCGGCGCCUGAUGUGGCGGACUACAAGCGCCGGAAGGAGAUUGAACUGGGAUUGGCUGCCGGUACUAUAUCCCAACCGCAGGCCAAGAAACCGAAGAUUGAGCAUCGACCACUGACUGAGGAGGAACUGCGUGCUCAGCUGGAGGCGCACAAAGCAUUAAUGGGCGCCAACAACGAUACCUCGUCGGCCCCGACCACCUCAGAGGCGGUUUACAAUGCUGCUCCUCAGACAUACGCUGUUCCGGCAGCGCCGGCGGUGCCUAUUCCCCCACCAGGAGCCUCGCCUCCUCCCGGUUUACCUGGAAUGCCUCCAAUGUUACCUCCUGGAAUGCCUCCCCCAGGGUUCAUGCCAGGACAGCCUCCAUUCCCUCCGCCGUUCCCUCUGCCAGGGAUGCCCCCACUGCCACCAGGCAUGAGCCCGCCCCCCGGUUUCCCUCUCCCUCCUGGCAUGCCACCACCAGGGAUGCUACCCCCCGGUGCGCCACCCUUCCCCUUGCCGCCAGGCGUUAUGCCCCCGCCGCCUGGUGUGCUGCCUCCAGGCAUCGGUCCUCCGUUCUCCCCGCCGAACGCUGCCACGCCCCCAAGACCGCCGCCGCCUUCAGCACCGACGUUCGUUCCGGCCGCUAGCGCACAUGCGCCCAAGGCACCCUCACCCUCUGCUGCCCCACCUGCUCCUCCGGCACAAUUGACGCUUCCCAACCCCGCGUUAGCUCAGACCUUGCCCGAGUUCAAGAAGCCGACGGACUUGAAGUGGAGAGAUCCCAACUUCUCACCGGACGAACAACGAGCGAAUCAUCCGAAGUACUACUUCAACAAGGAGAAUGCUGCGGAUGUCGACGGUGCUGCUCACGAAGAGUCUCGCGGCAAGAAGCGGGCAAGGGCAGAAGACUUCCUUUAGGCCAUCGGCUCUGCCGUUAGUUCCUCCCUGUUCUCAGCCCACGUUUGAUGUUGCUAGGUCCGGAGAAGUGGGGAGAUCGUAUAGCUGGGGUGGAUCAGCGUGGCGAAGCGGCUAUCAUCAGUCCGUCCCGUCCAUCGUCAUCACUGGUCUCCAUGUCCAGACGCUCACGCCUGUGACUAUCAGCUAAACAUGUUCCAUACUGCAUCAUGGUGCGGAACCUCUUUCUCCAUGUUCCUGGCUACGUUUGUAUGCUGUACGGUUGGUCAUCUCUUCGAUGGUCUUAUAUCAAUAUCCUG